AGUGUUCGAGUAGUGCGUGUCGCUGGCUGCUGUAUACAUCCACGGUGUGUAGUAUAGUAGUGGACUGGACUGCCGGCCGGGUCUGGACAAGCAUUCACUAAACAGUCUUUAUGUGGCCGUGACUCAACGAUCAACCAUGUUCUUAUUCCCGCCCGGUCGAUCGCUACUCUUUUUAUCGUGUGUUUUUUAUAGUGUUUUAUCUCCCGUGGCUUCGUGGGACACCGACCUAGAGCUCUUUGAUCUGGUGGAAGAAAUCCCACAGACCUUCUACCAGUUCCUCUCCGUGGACAAGGAUGCCACGCCGGUGGAAAUCAAGAAGGCCUACCGGCGUCUCACGCUCACCCUCCAUCCAGAUAAGAACAAGGAUGAGAACGCAGAGAGCCAGUUCAGACAACUGGUGGGAAUCUAUGAAGUCCUGAAGGAUGAGGAGAGGAGAAUGAGGUACGAUGACAUCCUGGUGAACGGCCUGCCGGACUGGAAGCACCCCUUCACCCUGUACCGCCGGGUGAGGAAGAUGAGCAACGCAGAGCUGGGCUUCCUCCUCUUCCUCAUCCUCACCGUUGGACACUACGCCAUCAUCUGGUCCGUCUACCUGGAGAAACAGCUGGAUGAAAUGCUGAGCAAUAAGAGGAAGAAGGAGAAGAAGAAAAAGACGAACUCCAAGCCGUGUGAGGAGCCCAGGGAUCAGGACCGCCCCAAUUGGCAGGACAUCCUUCCUCUGAAGCUCAGCAUCUGGCUCUACCUAUCAAUCAAAUCACUGCCCCAGACCAUCCAGGAAGUGAAGCAGUACUACGAAGACCACAAAGAGAUGAAGAUGAGAGCGAAGCAGGAGGAGGAGGAGAUGGCUGAGCAAGAAUCUGCUCCUCGGGAGAAGCGUCCCAAGGUGAAGAAGGUGAAGGUGGAGUUCCCGGUGUACGAGGCCCCGGCGGCGGACGGCCUGUACCAGGUGUGCCCCACGGCCUCCAUCCAGGAGGUGGAGGACCAGCUGGACGACUGGCUGGACAACCGCAAGAGCAAGAAAAAGGCUCCAGAGUGGUCCGACGAGGACAUCAGCCUCCUCAGCAGGAACAUGGUGAAGUUCCCUGGAGGAACGCCCGGUCGCUGGGAGAAGAUCGCCCACGAGCUGGGAAGAUCCGUCGCUGACGUGACCACAAAAGUAAAGCAAGUCAAAGACUGUGUGACCAACACUACAGGGCUGGUGAAGCUGUCGGAGCUGAAGAGCGGCCAGUCCUCCAAGGCGACCACUGCAGGCUGUGUAGCAGACAGCAUAAUGACCCAGCGGGAUGCCCCGCCCACCACCAGCCCCGCCCCCAAACCCAGCCCCAAACCCGCCCCCACCCCCAAACCCGCCCCCGCCCCCACCGUGACCCCACCUCAGGGAGAGGAGGAGGGGGAGCAGGAGGGACAGGUCCUCAGGAGGAGGUCCAAAAAGGCUGGAGGUGGAGGAGGAGGAGGAGGAGGAGGUGGAGGAGGCACGAACGGGGAGUCGAGGGUGAAGUCGAGGCGGCAGCGGGACUUUGACCCGACGGCCGUGGAUGAGGAGGAGGAGGAGGAGAAGCAGCAGAAGCGGGAGGAGGCGCAGCAGGAGCCCGAGGAGCAGAAGGAGAGCGUGUGGACGCAGAACCAGCAGAAGCUCCUGGAGACCGCCCUGCAGCAGAUCCCCCGCGGCGCCGCCGAGCGCUGGGACCGCAUCGCCAAGAUGGUGCCGGGCAAGACCAAGGAGGAGUGUAUGAUCCGCUACAAACUGUUAGCGGAGCUGGUCCAGAAGAGGAAGCAGGCCAAGAGCUGACUCCCUGUUUCACCAUCUGAGCGCCUUGCCCCUUCCUGCCACGCCCCUCCCCGACAUCUACAGCCAAUCAAAUAUCAUGGAUUACCUCUGUGAGCUAAUCAGAAAGCUGGAAAACCUCUCUUUAGCCCAGAGGCUUAUGGGUAGUUUCUGUAUGAAACCUUUCACAGGUUGGUGGGGGAUGGGUAGUUGCUGGAACUAUUUUUUAUUUUAGCUGAUCUAAUUAAUGUCCAUCCUAACCCCCACAGGUGUUUUUUAUUUUUUAGGCUAUACUAAUUUGGUCAGCUCCGUUCAUGAAAUAUUCAAAGUAUUGGACAAAAGUUUUUGUUUUAUGCCCAAUUCGAUCAUGGAAGAUAAGAAUUAUGUAUAACCGCCCACAUUUGACAUCAGAGGAAAAUGGUCUAAUUACAUCCAAGCUUAAUGUGCCUUAGCCCCGCCCCUACCCCUCACUCAAAGUACGUUGUUCAGCAUUCGUCGUCUCUCGGGAACAUGGCCAUCGGUGACACUAGCUCAACCAUUGUUAUUUCUUUCAUAAAUAUCUUGUUACAACUGCAAAUGGUUUAUUAUGAAUAAAACAGUAUUUAUUUCCUUGA